CCCCCCCUCAUUCCCUACCCACUUUGCCUGGGCAAAUAUAUAAAGGGCAGCCUUAAGAUUGUUGUACCUUGCAGAACAGGAUACAGCUGGCUUGUCUGCAGCUAACAGAACCUGAGCAGCUGUUGCAAGGAACAUUUCCUGAGAAACAUGGAGGAGAAGGGCUCAUCUUUUGUCGUGGGGCUGUUGGUGAUGGGCAAUGUGAUCAUCAUGCUUGCAGGACUGGCACUUUACGCGGAGUCUGUCUGGGUAACAGCUGAUCCCUACAAGGUGUACCCCAUCAUGGGAGUUACAGGCAAAGACGAUGUCUACGCAGGUGCCUGGAUCUCCAUCUUCACCGGCUUUUGCUUCUUCUGCGUGUGCGUCUUUGGCAUUAUCAGCCUUGUGAAUGGCAACCGCCUGAUGGUGUUACUGUAUCUGGUGCUGAUCCUGGUUGUCUACUUAUUUGAGUGUGCUUCUUGCAUCACGUCCUACACACACCGCGACUAUGUGGUUUCAAAUUCCAAGCUAAUAACAAGACAGAUGUUGGCCUUCUACUCGUCGGAUACUGACCAAGGCCGGGAACUCACCCGCAUGUGGGAUCGUUUCAUGAUGGAGCAAAAGUGCUGUGGCGCCAAUAAUCCCAUGGAUUGGGUGAACUACACCUCGGUCUUCAGAACCAGGUACCCUGAGGUGGUGGCCCCUUGGCCUUUCUACUGCUAGCGUGAUCGCAACUUUGUCAUCAUCAAUGAAGAGGGCUGCAGACUGGGUCACGUCGACUACAUCUACACUCAGGGCUGCUUUGAGCACAUCAAGCACGCAGUACAGAGCUACGCCUGGGGAGUCUCUUGGUUCGGCUUUGCUAUCCUCAUGCUCACGUGCCCUGUUGUUCUCCUCGCAUACCACUACACUACAAUGUGAGGAAACCCAGUUGCUGGAGCUGAAUUUGCCCUAUGAUGGGGAAGGGUGGAGCCCUCUUCCUACACCUCCAGGCAGGGCACGGCAUCAUGAUCCAUCUUUUUGAGGAAUCUCCAUGGGGUUUCCUUCUAUAGUCACACUGCACCAUAGCAUGCUCUGUAAGGCUGACUUGCUCCCCACAAACUUGACUGUGGCUGGCUGGUGUCAUUGCUGGACACCUUUAACUCUGCCAUCCUGUCACUCAAGUGUCCUUUGGAGGAAUCUUCCUAACCUUUUGUGAAACU